AUGAGCCCUGCCUCCAGCGGGUGGCGCUCGAGUCCGGCUGAACGGCGGCAACUGGCGGCGGGCACGCGCCCGGGGCGCGCGCGCCACCCUUCUCGCCUCCACCCAACUCCCCCAUUAGUGCACGAGUUUACCUCUAGAGGUCAUCAGGCAGGAUUUACGACUGGACAACAAAAGCACGUGAUUCGAAGUCGUACCCCAUAUUUGGGUGCCUACGUAGGAGGGAACCAAGUACAUGUCCCAGUCAUUUCCAUAAUUCAUCAUAAAUUGUGCAAGGGUGCUAUAGACGCACAAACGACCGCGAGCCACAAAUCAAGCACACAUAUCAAAAAACAAAUGAGCUCUUAUUUUGUAAACUCAUUUUGCGGUCGCUAUCCAAAUGGCCCGGACUACCAGUUGCAUAAUUAUGGAGAUCAUAGUUCCGUGAGCGAGCAAUUCAGGGACUCGGCGAGCAUGCACUCCGGCAGGUACGGCUACGGCUACAAUGGCAUGGAUCUCAGCGUCGGCCGCUCGGGCUCCGGCCACUUUGGCUCCGGAGAGCGCGCCCGCAGCUACGCUGCCAGCGCCAGCGCGGCGCCCGCCGAGCCCAGGUACAGCCAGCCGGCCACGUCCACGCACUCUCCUCCGCCCGAUCCGCUGCCCUGCUCCGCCGUGGCCCCCUCGCCCGGCAGCGACAGCCACCACGGCGGGAAAAACUCCCUGAGCAACUCCAGCGGCGCCUCGGCCAACGCCGGCAGCACCCACAUCAGCAGCAGAGAGGGGGUUGGCACGGCGUCCGGAGCCGAGGAGGACGCCCCUGCCAGCAGCGAGCAGGCGAGUGCGCAGAGCGAGCCGAGCCCGGCGCCGCCCGCCCAACCCCAGAUCUACCCCUGGAUGCGCAAGCUGCACAUAAGUCAUGACAACAUAGGCGGCCCGGAAGGCAAAAGGGCCCGGACGGCCUACACGCGCUACCAGACCCUGGAGCUGGAGAAGGAGUUCCACUUCAACCGUUACCUGACCCGCAGAAGGAGGAUUGAAAUAGCACAUGCUCUUUGCCUCUCCGAGAGACAAAUUAAAAUCUGGUUCCAAAACCGGAGAAUGAAGUGGAAAAAAGAUAAUAAGCUGAAAAGCAUGAGCAUGGCCGCGGCAGGAGGGGCCUUCCGUCCCUGAGUAUCUGAGCGUUUAAAGUACUGAGCAGUAUUAGCGGAUCCCGCGUAGUGUCAGUACUAAGGUGACUUUCUGAAACUCCCUUGUGUUCCUUCUGUGAAGAAGCCCUGUUCUCGUUGCCCUAAUUCAUCUUUUAAUCAUGAGCCUGUUUAUUGCCAUUAUAGCGCCUGUAUAAGUAGAUCUGCUUUCUGUUCAUCUCUUUGUCCUGAAUGGCUUUGUCUUGAAAAAAAAAAUAGAUGUUUUAACUUAUUUAUAUGAAGCAAGCUGUGUUACUUGAAGUAACUAUAACAAAAAAAGAAAAGAGAAAAAAAAACACACAAAAAGUCCCCCUUCAAUCUCGUUUAGUGCCAAUGUUGUGUGUUGCACUCAAGUUGUUUAACUGUGCAUGUGCGUGGAAGUGUUCCUGUCUCAAUAGCUCCAAGCUGUUAAAGAUAUUUUUAUUCAAACUACCUAUAUUCCUUGUGUAAUUAAUGCUGUUGUAGAGGUGACUUGAUGAGACACAACUUGUUCGACGUGUAGUGACUAGUGACUCUGUGAUGAAAACUGUGACUCCAAGCGGUGUGUCCCUGCGUGCCUUUGUAGGACCCUUUGCACGAACUCUGGAAGUGGCUCUUAUAAGCGCAGCUUCGGUGAUGUAUGUUUUUGUGAACAAAGUUACAAAUAUUGUCCAAGUCUGGCUGUUUUAAGCAAACUGUGAUCAGCUUUUUUUUUUUUUUUUUUUUUGUAUUUGUUUUUAAGGAAAAAAUACUGACUGGAACAAAAAAUAAACUUUCUAUUGUAAGUUC